GCCAAGUCGGUGAUAAAUCGAAAUUAAAACAAAAAUUCAGCAGCCCUCACUUUGUGUUAUACUUGAAUUAUUGUUAUUGGGCGUAGCAAGUCUGCUUCUCAGUUCUUCCUCCGUAAUUCUACCGAGACUUUACUUUGCACUUCAACAGGCAAAGUCGCGGUGAAGUUUGAGUGUCUUUGGAUUUUUAAUUAAUUUAGAUGGAGAAACGAGAGGGGGUUGCUAAGCCUGUUGACCUGGACAAAACAACUGAACUGUUGGAACCCGAGGAGACGACUGGUGGGGGAUUAUUUGUACCAAAUAAGGAACGGCCGAUAUAUAGAGCCCCUGAGGCAAAAUCUCAGUUAGGGCUACAGGCACGUGCUAAUGGAAAAUGGGGAGGUUCUAAUAGUGAUGGUGGGUUCAAGGUCCCAAGAGUUGCUUCCCUUGCAGCAUCAGUUGACGAGGAGGAGAAGCUUGAAUCGUCUGAAAUAGAUGAGGUAGGCAGUAACAUCAUAAAUGGUGUCCGCAAUCAUGCUCGUAGGCGGUAUCGUGAAACAGCUUCAUCUGUGAGUGAGAUAAUUGAUUCAGAAAAUACAAAGACUUCAGGGAGACGAAGUGGUGAUUCAAGUGGGAUUCAUCGCUCAAAUGAACAUGCAUCGUUAGAUGUUUCAUCUUCUACUGGGAGUUCCUUGAGUGCUUCUACAAGUUCUAGGUAUGACAGGAACGGCAGUGGUAGUGAGAGAAGAUAUUACAAGGAUGAUUCUAGAAGUGAAAGCAGGGGGGUCAGCCGGAGAGACAGUUAUGAUAGCAAGGAGCGGUAUCAUGGAAGGGAAACACGUGGUCGAUAUGAAUUGGAUUCCAGUGGAGAAUAUGGGAGAAAACGAAGCAGAUAUGAAGGUUCAAGAAGGACACCUGGCAGGUCUGAUUGGGAUGAUGGUAGAUGGGAAUGGGAAGAAACACCACGUCGGGAAAGUUACUCUAAUUCCAGUAGGCGCCAUCAACCUUCUCCUUCUCCAAUGUUUGUUGGGGCCUCACCUGAUGCUCGAUUAGUUUCUCCCUUGUCAACACCUCGUUCGACUGGUUAUGCUGCCUCUCCAUGGGACCAUAUUUCUCCCUCUCCAGUUCCAAUACGUGCAUCUGGAUCCUCAGUUAGAUCUUCAGCUUCUGGAUACAGUAGGAAGUCCCAUCCACUUUCAUUUUCUACUGAAAAUUCACAAUCAUUUGAGGAUGAAGAAGAUAGAACUUAUUCUUCUAAAGAAGACAAUUAUGAGAUAACUGAAAGUAUGCGUCUGGAGAUGGAAUACAAUUCUGACAGAGCAUGGUAUGACAGAGAUGAAGGAAAUACAUUUGAUGGGGAUAGCUCCUCAUUUUUUCUUGGGGAUGACGCUUCUUUCCAAAAGAAAGAGGUGGAGUUGGCUAAAAGACUGGUUCGAAAAGACGGAACUAGGAUGUCAUUUGCUCAGAGCAAAAAGUUGUCUCAGAUUACUGCUGAUAAUCAUCAGUGGGAAGAGAGGCAGCUUUUGAGAUCUGGAGCUGUAAGAGGUACUGAGUUGUCGACUGAGUUUGAUGAUGAGGAAGAACACAAGGUUAUUCUUCUUGUACAUGAUACAAAACCUCCUUUCCUGGAUGGCAGAAUUGUUUUCACUAAACAAGCAGAGCCUAUAAUGCCCAUAAAAGACCCCACAUCAGACAUGGCUAUAAUUUCGCGCAAAGGAUCUGCUUUGGUUAGAGAAAUGCGUGAGAAACAGAGCAUGAAUAAAUCACGUCAACGAUUUUGGGAACUUGCAGGCUCAAAUUUGGGUAAUUUAUUGGGUGUGGAGAAAACAGCAGAACAGAUUGAUGCAGAUACGGCUGAUGUAGGUGAACAAGGUGAAGUUGAUUUCAAGGAAGAUGCAAAAUUUUCACAACACAUGAAAAAGGAAGAGGCUGUGAGUGACUUUGCAAAAUCCAAAACCAUUGCAGAGCAGCGGCAGUAUCUACCCAUAUAUUCAGUUCGUGAUGAACUAUUGCAGGUAAUACGUGAAAAUCAGGUGGUUGUUGUUGUUGGAGAAACUGGCUCUGGGAAGACAACUCAACUGACACAGUUCUUACAUGAAGAUGGAUACACCACGAAUGGUGUUGUGGGUUGUACCCAACCUAGGCGUGUGGCCGCUAUGAGUGUGGCAAAGAGAGUCAGUGAAGAAAUGGAAACUGAGUUAGGUGACAAGGUCGGUUAUGCCAUUCGUUUUGAGGACGUGACUGGGCCAAACACCAUAAUUAAGUACAUGACUGAUGGAGUGCUUCUCCGUGAAACUUUGAAAGAUUCAGAUCUUGACAAGUAUCGUGUUAUUGUGAUGGAUGAAGCACAUGAGAGAUCUCUAAGCACGGAUGUCCUGUUUGGGAUACUGAAAAAAGUGGUUGCCCGUCGUCGUGAUUUCAAGCUCAUCGUAACAUCUGCAACUCUAAAUGCGGAGAAGUUUUCAAAUUUCUUUGGGAGUGUACCAAUUUUCCACAUUCCUGGGAGAACAUUUCCGGUCAAUGUUUUGUACAGUAAAACUCCCUGUGAAGACUAUGUGGAAGCAGCAGUGAAGCAGGCCAUGACAAUUCACAUCACCAGCUCCCCAGGUGACAUCCUAAUCUUCAUGACUGGCCAAGAUGAGAUUGAGGCAGCCUGUCAUGCCCUUGCAGAGCGCAUGGAACAGCUUGUCUCCACCACCAAGAGAGAGGUUUCUAAACUUGAGAUACUCCCAAUAUACUCCCAGUUGCCGGCUGACUUGCAAGCCAAGAUAUUCCAGAAAGCUGAAGAGGGGGCUCGCAAAUGCAUUGUUGCCACCAACAUUGCUGAGACAUCGCUGACUGUAGAUGGAAUUUAUUAUGUCAUUGACACAGGUUAUGGUAAAAUGAAAGUUUACAACCCUAAAAUGGGUAUGGAUGCUCUUCAAGUUUUCCCUGUCAGCCGUGCUGCUGCUGACCAGCGAGCUGGACGUGCUGGUAGAACUGGGCCAGGUACAUGUUAUCGUCUGUAUACAGAAAGUGCAUACCUGAAUGAAUUGCUGCCAAGUCCUGUGCCAGAGAUUCAGAGAACCAACCUUGGUAAUGUGGUGUUGUUACUCAAGUCCCUUAAAGUUGAUAACUUGCUGGAUUUUGACUUCAUGGACCCACCUCCGGCGGAUAACAUCUUGAAUUCUAUGUAUCAGUUGUGGGUGUUAGGUGCACUUAACAAUGUUGGGGGCUUAACUGAUCUUGGCUGGAAAAUGGUGGAAUUCCCAUUGGACCCCCCACUUGCUAAGAUGCUCUUGAUGGGUGAGCAACUAGGAUGCCUUGAUGAGGUUUUGACUAUUGUAUCAAUGCUUUCAGUGCCAUCAGUAUUCUUCCGGCCUAAGGAUAGGGCAGAGGAGAGUGAUGCUGCAAGAGAGAAAUUUUUUGUGCAAGAAUCUGACCAUUUAACUCUGCUUUAUGUUUACCAGCAAUGGAAGGAGCACCAGUAUCGGGGAGACUGGUGUAGUGAUCAUUAUUUGCAUGUUAAAUCCUUGCGAAAGGCUAGAGAGGUGAGAUCUCAGCUGCUGGAUAUUCUCAAGACACUGAAAAUCCCGCUAACAUCUAGCGGACAUGAUUAUGACAUCGUCAGAAAAGCCAUCUGUUCUGCAUACUUCCACAAUGCCGCAAGAUUAAAGGGAGUUGGGGAGUAUGUAAAUUGCAGGAACGGAAUGCCCUGCCAUCUGCACCCAAGCAGUGCUAUUUAUGGUUUGGGAUACACUCCAGAGUAUCUGGUUUAUCAUGAAUUGAUUUUGACGACCAAGGAGUACAUGCAAUGUGCUACAGCUGUAGAGCCUCAUUGGUUGGCUGAGCUAGGACCAAUGUUUUUCACUGUGAAGGAUUCCGAUACAUCGAUGUUGGAGCAUAAGAAAAAACAGAAGGAAGGGAAAACUGCUAUGGAGGAGGAGAUGGAAAAUUUGAAGAAGGAACAAGCAGAGGAAGAAAGAAGAAACAAGGAGAGAGAGAAGAAUAAGAGGGCAAAGGAGCAGCAACAAGUGUCGAUGCCGGGUUUGCGCCAGGGUGGCUCUACCUACCUCAGACCAAAGAAGCUCGGUUUGUAAAUGUAAAUUAUGCCGUGUAACUAACUGUCAUUGAUUACAGAGAGAAAUAAUUACGUUAAAUAUGAUGAACAAA